CAUUGUAGGAACUCUACCAACUAAACUACAGCGUCAAUGCUUUGUUUUUUAGGUCUCACUAUGCAUCCCAAUCUGGCCUCAAACUCUUCCUGCCUCAGUCUCCCAAGGGCAGCGGUUGCAGGAGCCUCCUCAACAGGUCACACAGUCCCUGAGUGACUGAGGUGUGUUGCGUCAAUAGGUCAUCUGGCUAGCUGGGACGAUCUUUCUGGAAGAGCUUGUUUCCAACUGUGUCCUGGUGCAGAGGUCACGAUGCCAUCAUGGUGAGGUCAUCUAGAGCUGCAGGUAUAGAGAAUGACACAGCUGGGACGGCAAGGACUCAGCAGUCAGCCAAGUUUUACUGGAGUCAUACACACAGCAAAAGACACACACUCCCUGCCAGUGGAGAAGGGAUUUGGAAAUCCAGCCUAAAGAUUUCUGUGUGAGUCCACGGAAAAAGCCUAGCACAGCAGCCAUGCCCUUGCGGUUCAAGAAGGGCCAACCACAUUGUUGCAGGGCUCUACUUCCAUGUUCUACACCGCCGGUGCCCUCAGCCCUGCUCAGCGCAUCCUCAGAGACAGCCUGCCCAGGCCUCUCUUUACUAUGGAGACAAACCAGCUAGUACUGGGUGCUUGCGGCCGGUGAAGACAAGGUGGCUUGGAGCUUCGCGCCCGCUAGUCAGAGAGCCAAUGCCAGCCGAACCAAGGCGCUGCCCCUAUGAGCGAGCUUCGUGCCCGUUAGUUAGAUGGCCAAAAAGAGCGGGGCGAUCGGCAAGCCGGCUGUCAGCUGUCACUCUAGCUCCAGGCUCGAACGUCGGACCAGACCUUUAUCGGUCAGGGCGGGGCUAAUCACACUCCGCCCACAGCGGGAGGCGGCCUGGUCCGGGCAGAGAUGCUACCUGCGCUGCGGUCGCUAGGUAAGCGGCCUGGACCAGGGGAGGCAGCGCUCCCGUUAGUCAGCGAGCCAAUCAGAGUGGAACAAGCCGACCCCGCGACCCCGCCUCGAGGCCAAGCGUUUUUCCGCUCUGAUUGGACGAGUCCCCUGCCAAUCACAGCAGGAGCCAGUGAAGUCUCGGCCAAUAGCAAGAAGCGCCUGGUUCCGAUUUGCGGCGUAGGGUCCACGCGGUGGUGGCCGAUCGAGGUCGGCGCCUGGAGAUCGCCUCCCCUUGGCCAAACCCUCGAGCAAGCCGGCGUCGCGCGCGCCCGUCCGUCAGCGAGCCAAUCAGAGUUGGGCAGGCCAGCGGCUACUUCGGCUUCAGGCCGAGCUGUUUGCUCUGUGAUUGGACGAACCUCCCGACAAUCAAGGCGGAGCUAGCGGAGGCUCGGCCAAUAGCAGGAGGCGGCCAGGUCAGACCAACGACUAACUGUAGGCGCGGUGGUCGUUAGACGGUUGGAGGGCUGCGCGCGACGUCCUGCCUGCUGCUGCGCGCUGGCCCUCGGCGUCGGGCGCCCGCCAGCGUCCCGUCUCGUCAUGUUAGGCGCUGCUUGGCUUUAGUUCUCCAGGCCUCCGCCCACCCGCCUACCCGAAGCCGCGCCCACCGCCCAGAGCCAGAGGGAUGGUGGUAGUCACCGGGCGGGAGCCAGACAGCCGUCACUCGGACGGUGCCAUGUCCAGCUCCGAAGCCGAGGACGACUUCCUGGAGCCGGCCACUCCGACGGCCACGCAAGCGGGGCACGGGCUGCCCCUGCUGCCCCAGGAGUUUCCUGAGGUCGUUCCCCUUAACAUUGGAGGGGCCCACUUUACCACACGCCUGUCUACCCUGCGGCGCUAUGAAGACACCAUGUUGGCUGCCAUGUUCAGCGGGCGACAUUACAUCCCUACAGACUCUGAGGGCCGGUACUUCAUUGACCGAGAUGGCACGCACUUUGGAGAUGUGCUGAACUUCCUGCGCUCAGGGGAUCUGCCUCCCCGGGAGCAUGUGCGAGCCGUGCACAAAGAGGCCCAGUACUACGCCAUUGGGCCCCUCCUGGAGCAGCUGGAGAACAUGCAGCCGCUGAAGGGCGAGAAAGUGCGCCAGGCCUUUCUGGGGCUCAUGCCCUAUUACAAAGACCAUUUGGAGCGGAUUGUGGAGAUUGCCCGGCUGCGCGCAGUACAGCGGAAGGCCCGCUUUGCCAAGCUCAAAGUCUGUGUCUUCAAGGAAGAGAUGCCCAUCACCCCCUAUGAGUGUCCCCUCCUCAACUCUCUUCGCUUUGAGCGGAGUGAGAGUGAUGGACAGCUCUUUGAGCACCAUUGUGAAGUAGAUGUGUCUUUUGGGCCCUGGGAGGCAGUGGCUGAUGUAUAUGACCUGUUACACUGUCUGGUCACGGACCUCUCAGCCCAAGGCCUCACAGUGGAUCACCAGUGCAUCGGGGUGUGUGACAAGCACCUUGUCAACCACUACUACUGCAAACGCCCCAUCUAUGAGUUCAAAAUCACGUGGUGGUGAGUACCAGUAGCCGGGUCCCAUUUAAGAGGUGUCCAUCCUCUCGGGCGGCUCUGGGAAUCUGAUCCCCAGAGGAGCUGCUGACUGUCCCCGAACCUCCUGAGGUGAGGACAGUGUGCUGAGGCACAGAUGCAAAGGCACGGGUGCUGCUGCAGCCCCCCUGGCUCGUCUACCUUGGGGACUUAAUCUGCACUCACCCCAUCUUUUCCUCGAGGCAUGGCGUCUUCACUGGAGGCCACAGGAUUUAGUGGGGAUAUCAUCGGAAGUCCGGAGAGGUUUGAUAACCUUCUUGACACCUUGCAAGAGAGCGUCUGCCCAUUUUAGAGCCAUGUCGCUGAUGAAGGUGUCAAUCACUUCCUCACCCUGUUUGAACAUUCCUGUGCUCAGUGUGUCAGUCAGAAUAAGGAGUGUGGUAGGGGAUUUACCCAAGUGUCCACCCUGUAGCCCUGGCCAAAGAAGAAAGAGUCCUUUUCUCCCCAAUGUGCUCCUUGCUCUUCCAGUGACUAUAGUACCUUGUCUUAGGAUGUGGAAACAUAUGUCCCGCACUUCCAGAACAUGCCUGUCACCUUCUCUUUGAGAUUAACCACAGCUGCCAAAGCCUUGUACCAGUUGGGCCUUAGAAAAACCACAAUGUUUACAGCCGUGCCCUGGAGCUUUGGCUUUACAUUCUUUGCAGAGUUAUACUCUUCAUAGGACUGGAAGGUUUCAAAGGUUCUCUCCAAAGAUUCCCCAAGUUAGGCAGACAGGGAGUCUAGGAACUCAUAACAUGUAGCAUCCCUCCAGAGGCCGAGAUCAUGGCCUGCUGCCAAGUCUUGUGUUAGGAUCCAGUGUGGUGAACCUCUUUGGCACGGACACUCUCUUUCUUUGGAAGCUACUGUUUGGGCUUGAGGGAGAGGAAAGUAAGUCCCAGGUGGAGGCACUGCCAUCCUAGGAGCUGAAGAUGAUUGUAGUAAAUGUGUGUGUUCUACUUCCUGCUUCAAAAAGAGAAAACAAUCCACAAUAAUUUCUUGCUCAGCGGUCAGGGUGCAGCAUGUAGCCCGCAAAGAGAGAGAUGUGUCGCUCUCUUCUGAGAGCAUUACAUUGUCCUCACUGCACAAUGGGUUUUAUGUAAUCGUAGGUAUCCUUGACCGUUUCUGGAUAGUAUUUUUUUUAAUAACUUUUUUUUUUGUUUUUUCGAGACAGGGUUUCUCUGUAGCUUUGGUGCCGAUCCUGGAACUAGCUCUUGUUGACCAGGCUGGCCUCGAACUCACAGAGAUCCGCCUGCCUCUUCCCGAGUGCUGGGAUUAAAGGCGUGCGCCAUCACCACCCGGCUUUAAUAACUUUAAAAAAAAAAUAAGGAAUUGGCAGCACCCCCAAUAUUAGUCCUGUAAGGUCAGAGUGGUCCAAUCAGACACUUGGGGGUUAGAGGCAUCCAUGUGCCUCAGAAGACUAGAAGGCCAAGCCCUGGGCUCUGAGCUGGACUUCUCAUUGCAGGUGGAGGGGGUGACUUUCCGGGGCUUCUGGGAGAACACAUGGUUUUGACCUUGUGCUUCACUCUGAGUGUAACAAGGCCUAGAGGGAGGGAGCAGCAGCUGUCUUCCAGGAUAGAGUUCUCUCUGUGGUCCUCAGCAAACAAUAGGAUCUUCUGGGGUCAUGAAGCCCCUGCUUGGCUCUUAGCCCAACACCGUGGCUCUGGCCUUGUCUUAGCAAAGAAGUUCUUUGUUUAAAUAGGUUUUAUUUUUAUUUUGUGGACAGGGUCUUAUGUAGCCCAGAUUGGCCUCAAAUUAGCUCUAUAGCUAAGGACAACCUUAUACUCUUGACCUUCCUGCCUCUACCUCCAAAGCUCUGGGGGACAUAGGCAUGUCCCACCACACCUGGCUCUUGUGUUCAUUUUUUUCUUAAUAACAUAAACAGAGUUUGCAGAGUAGCCAGCUAUCUGCAUUACAACACACUACUCAUGCUUAACUCACUCAGAAUAUACAAAUUUAACUUUAAACCAUUAACUUCAUGACCAAAACAGGGCAAGAAACAUAUUUGAAACUCUGGUUUUCUGUCCCUGAGGUUGCAAAAUUAUCCCUGAGAAAUGGACUCACCUUGUAAGACCAAUUAAUAUGGAGGUAGUUAAGUUCCUUUUGUGGGAAUUUAUGAAUAAUCAAUGCAAUAUGCACAAGGCGUGACUGCAGGUCAAGGUCAGACCAUCAAGGCAUUUGCCCUUCCAUGGCGAUGGUCCCAUCUGUCCCAAAGUGCCACCCCUCUUGAUUGUUUAUUGGAGCAGUGGCCCCUGUUAGGCUUGUUGGGAACUGGAGAAUGGCUCCAUUCCAAGUGGGGAAAUCCUUGGGUCUACCAGUUGGCCUGUGGUGAAACAAUUGCCCCGCCCAGAGGCCUUCAUUGGCCAUUAUGCUCCGCUACUCCUGUUCCAUUUUACCGAUCUGCUCAGUUGUCAAGUUGGGUGUUACUGAGGGAGCACCAGUUGGGGACUUGAGUGGUAUUUCUAAAGGAUCUACUUGGGGUGAUUGAGAUGUUUCCUUGUCAAUGUCCAAAGAAGGAUAAACUGGGGGAGGUGGUGGCUCAAUGAAGUAGGAAUGGGUCCAACUCUACCCGGUUUCAGGGAUUGCAGUGAGGUUUUCCCUGGUUAAAGCAGGUGGAAGCUUUUGCCCUGAAGCAUCUGGGCUUUCCUGCAACCCCGAGGUUGUUACUGUUGUCUCAUAGGCAAAGCCUGAUCUUGGGGUGUCUGCUGACUAGUGUCCACUGAGUCGUUUUGGGAGCUUCUUUUUUCAGGUUGCUUAGUCUCAUCAACUGGGCUCUUGCGUGACCAGUGAGGUCCAACCAGAAAGCCAGGAGUGGCAGUGAGUGAGCCAUAGUCCUCUUCACACUCAUCAUCUGAGCUUGCAUCUAAGAUCUGAGAAGAGGGAUCCUAGUGCACAUCGCUGCCAUGGGUUAUUAUUGGAUCUUUACUUCCUGCAGCUAAAUCAUCCAGGUGUUGGAGGCUUACUCCCUGGCACUGGUUUCCUGAUCAUCUGGACCCCUAGUAGAGGUAUUCGAAGGGGCAGGCUGCUGGGGUGCUGACAUAGAAGAGCCUUGAGGUGUUGGGCUCCCUUGAUUUGCAGUGUGAACCAAAGCUGCAAGUUGUUGGAUUUUUCCCCCUCUUUGCUGCAAGCGUCAUCCUGCCUUGAUGUCCAAUGUUGUGGUUUUUGGGUUUUGGGUUUUUUUUUUUUUUUUUUUUUGGAAGUCCACCAGGAUUCCCUGUUCAGCAUGAUCAAAGUCUAGUUGGUCUAUCUCUUGCUCUUCAGCAUGCUUCUUUGGGCGUCUCUCAGCCUUACUGGCAGUUUCCCAGAGUUGCUGGUAUUGUUCUCCAACAGUAACACCCACUAGAGUGCCACCAUGAGCCCGGUGCAACGGCUGACAACUGGGGAAACAGUCCGUGUUCCAGGCUGUUGACUCCUCAGAGGUUGAGACUCCGUGCAGACGGAGCAUAUUCUUGGCCAGCUCCUGCAGUGCGAGCUUGAAACUGUCAACCUCUGCUUGAACCAUAACUGUCCAGACAAGAGUAGAGAGUGAUCUGAUUGCCUUCUCUGCGGAAGGUGUGGUCUAAAACAGUUGUAACUGUCAAGAGACCUGAGCAUCUUCCUUGGGCUACCGGAUUGGAAAUACUGAUAGCAGAAUCAUGUCCAGUUUCCAUGUUGGUUCCUUGAUGGGUCAACAUAAAUUUGAAGAUAAAGCUGGCCCGCCUGAUCCCAGAGAUCACCAUCAUGAACCCGGGAGUGUUCCAACCCUGGGGAUGUUGUUUUGGCCCUGCUCAGCAUGAGCGGGUAUUUGGCACUGAACUUUUUCCAGGCAAGCCCUCUCACCUACAACUAGCUUCGGUAAAAAACAAGGCUACAGGAAGAAAGAAUUGCCCUACUUUCCAAUGUUCAUUAUGGUUGUUGGCAAGAGCUAAGAGGGCUUGUUGUGUUCAGCUGCCAAGCCCUGUGUCAAGACAAAAGUCAGUCAAGUUGCUGGUUGUCUUAUUUUCUAAGAUGCGGGAAACCAGUCUGUGUCGUUCAAGAUAAUAUCUGGCUGCCCUUUGCUCAAAAUUCCCUGAGUUUCCUUCUUAGGAAUGCUGGGUGCGCAAAGUCAACAGGCAGCUGUCCAAUAAGUCCCCUAAUUCAACCCCAGCCUGUAUAGCGCGGAUUAUCUGUAGGCAUAGUUCAGUGGGUUCUGGGGCCCGGUGUGAAGGAUUCUACUGGUUGUGUCCUGAAGUUGAAUAUGCUAUGCAGCUCGAAAUCCUCUUGGGUUGAAGAAUGAGAAGUAGCAUCUGCCCCCAAAUGGUUUCGAUUGUGCCGUGUCGAGGAUGCAUCUUAAACCUGACGGGAAGCGAAAGUUGGAACACUAGGGCAGUCAGUGUUAAUGCCAGUGCUCGAUGGAGUGAUGAACUGAUCGUCCCAUUUUUAAACUGUUAGUGAAGCACACUGUUGAGAAUGUUGUCCAGAUCAGCAGAGAGCUGACAACUGAGUGGAGGACUUCUAGUAACUAGGCCUGGGACCCUUUCUCUUCCUGCUAGAGAGUCCUUCAGUGCUUGGAAAUUUAGUCCACUAAUAUAAGACAGAGGGAAAACUGAUCUGCUCAAAACCAGGCCCAGACUGAUUGCUUAAUACAAAGAUGCCUGGGGGAAAGACAUUGUCUCUGUACUUCCUGGAGACAGUUUCUCCGUCUCCUUUUUUAUUCUCAGGAUGAUAGGUUUUGUACCGUUGUGGCAAGAGAAUGUUCCAGGCCACUGGAGCAGACAGAGGAGGGGCACUAGAUAACCAGCUCAGAAUUCCCUCCCCUCCCCUUUCAAUUCCUUUACUAUAUUUUUUUUAAAUAGUUGACUUGAUGUUUGCAAUAUUAGGGCAGACCAUAUACCAAAUCUUCUUGUGUGUAUGUGUUUUUUUAAAUAACAAAACCCUUUUUAAGCCAGUGACUUCUGUACUUUCUUGCAGCACAGAAACUUUUCUUUGUACUAUAAAGUAUAUUUAUUAUAAUUUUCCCUUGACUAGUGAAAUAUGAAAUAAGCAAUAUAUAUUGGGAUCUGGGGUGUGGUUUCAUAAGAGAACACACCUACCUACUAUGCACAAGGCCCUAGGUUCCCUUCUCAACAAAAAAAAAAAAAAAAAAAGGAAAAAAAGAAAAAAAAAAGACAAGCAUCAUGUCAAACUGUAUCUUUGCUAUUUGGGGCUCUAACUCACUUUCUACUCUCUUGGAGCUUUUCCUAAACAGAAUAAAAGAAUUCAUCAGCCUAUUCUGGCCCUCUCUAAUGAGAAGCUGAGCUUAUUCUGAAAUAUGCUAUUGUAUGUGGUGGCUGUGGAUGGCUUCCAAAUGAAGGGGUCGUGUCUGUGGAAAUUACCUCUGUCUGUCCGUUUGAUCCCUUUCCAGUUGCAAUUGCUUAGACCCAGACCAAAAGAUUUGCAAGGAAAGUUUUUCCUUGAUCCACAGGAAGUCGUUCUCAAAAUGAUUUGUGCGCCGUGUCAAUGCCUCUCGCGGUGUGAGUGAGACCAGUUGUUGCUGAAGCAGACCCAAGUGCCUAGCCUUGAGCUUCCCUCCUGUUUGACUCUGGGCACUUUUUCUCCUGGGUGACAUGCUCACUGGUCGGGACAGUGAGAGAUUUGAUAGCGGCACAUGGUGCAACGUUAGAGUCGAGGCAGAGAAGACUGAGGGAGAGCCACAUUGAAACAAAAUAUUCCAAGGUGUGUGUGUGUGGGGGGGGUUGGGGUUCAUUGUUACUGAUCUAAUAAAGGAACCAUCACCAUCCAUAACCUUUCUCUGUGUGCUCACCUGGCUGCCCAGUACUUCCAACGCUGAAAGCCAACAAUACUCUGGACCCUCCUGUUCAUUUCUCUUGGGGUUUGGGUUGUCUGGGAACUAACUGCCUGAGCUCUGUGUCUUGGGUUGAUCAAGUUCUGAGUUGCUCUCUGGAGGACUACCACACACCCGCAACACAGAGCCAGCGGGGAGCGGGGGAGCGGGGAGGUGUCGUGUGAUGCUGGGCUGAGUCCUGAGAUAGACGUCACCCAGCACACUUUGCCCACAAAGCAUUUUGAUCCUAGGAAGACUGUCAAGUGUCCUUCUGCAUAGUUUUAAACCAUAUUUGAUUGUUAUAUAAACAGUUAAGCUCUCGGGCUUCGGUGCAGGCUCUUGCCUGGAGGGGAUGCCCAUUAUUCUUAAGGGAGCCUUCCCUUAUCUAAAGGCAAGAUGUUGGGAAUUGGGAUGGAAGAGACAUUUGGGGGGGGCAAUUUUGGGGAAAAUAUGUGUCUGUAGUGGGGAGGGUUAGAUUGGGAAUGUGGGAACAGAUUGGGUGUCGAAACAGACAUGGCCUUCUGAGUGUGGGAGGUCAGCUGGAUCCAUUGUCUUCAUUUGCAUAAUUUUGUUUUUGUGUACUGACUAUAACACUUCCUGUGUUCAAUAGCAUACCUGUUUGUGACUACUCUUGCAUAUAGAGCCUCGGUUCCGUUGGAUGACAUUAAAAUCAAGAACUAGAA